UGUCCCUGGUGUGUCUUCUGGUCUCUCGGGACCUGGACUCACCAGGGGAGUGCUUGGCUCAGGAAGCGCCACUGACUCAGAACCAUGGCACCUCGGGCUGCAGGCCUGGCUGCCUGGACUGUGCCAGCAGGUGUUGGAAAUGAGGGGGGUGGGGUUGUCCUGGCAGAGAUGUCACUGGUCUGGGGAGGGGCGUGGUGGCUGCAGCCCACCACCUUGAGAGGUGUGUUGCCAGGAAGCAGCCCCAGGGGGAGGAAGCCAAGGCCUGGGCUCUGGACCAAGACAGUUUCUAGCCCCUUGUCGUUGGCUGGACAGGGCUGGUCCGGUCCAGUCCACUGUGGGGUCAGCCUGCCUUCAACCCCCAGGACUCCAGAAGUCCCACUCUUCUUCCUGGACACGCUGCCCCCACCCAGAGCCACUGACACCCCAGGUUGCACUCACCCCACCAGUGGCUCUAGGUGGAGGAUUCAUGAGGUGUUGAAGGCUGGGAGUGGUGGUGGGGACCCCCUCUCCUGAUGAGCCUGGACCGUCACUGCCCUGUCAGCCUGUGCCUCCUUCCUGGCACCCCGGACAUCCGGCCAAGGUCAGGCUUGGUGUUCCCUGUCCUGGGGGCGGGGAGGGCAGUGUGACAGGUCUGGUGGGAACCUGGCAUCCGGAGGGAGUGGCCCCACCACAGGCACCCUCCCAUGGGGAGGAGCACUUCGCAUCCAGCUGCAGGUAGGGCUAGGGUUGGGGUCAGAACAGGCAAGGAAGCGCCAGCCAGAGGGAGGAAGCACCAGCGGGUGGGAAGAGCCUGCUGGCCCGCUGGGGUCUGUCACUGCGGAAGUCGACUCUUGGGCUGCUGGCCACCUAUCCUGAAGCUUCCGUCCUCUCCUUCAUCUGCCUUUCCUGUCUGUCUUCUGUGGUCUCCCCAGGGUCUGUCUCUGCCCAGCUCUCCUGGGAGUCCCUGUGUCUCCUCUCCAUGCCUGUCUGGGGUCCUUCCUGGGGUCACUCAGGUCCACCUGGCUCUUGGCUGGGGCGUCCCCCAAGUGUAGCUCAGAAUCUGCGGUGCUCCCUGUCUGUCCCUGAUGCUCUUCAGAACCCCUCUGGGUCUCACCUGCCUGUGUGCCUGUGUGUCCAGAUCCUCUACCUGCACGCUCCCCUUCUCGGUCCCGAUUCCCAGUCUCCUUGCCUACUGGCCUCUGCUCCCCUUUCUCUGGACGCCGCUGCCCUGUGUGGGGUGAUCCUUCCAGAGCCCAGCCCCUGACCCUCCCCAGACCCCCUCUGCCGUCUCCCCCCGGCCCCUUCGCUGCCUGACCGCCUUUCCCCGCAGGCCGGGUCCAGAUGCCCUGCUCUCGGCCGCCCUGGCUCCGCCGCCCCCGGGUCCCCCUGGGCUCGGAGCCCAGCAUCCCGGGCUCGCCGUCCACACCCCGGUCCCCCGGCAGGGGGGAGGACGAAGACGAGGGUGAUGAGGAGGAAGGGGACGGCAGCCGGGGACCCAUCCUGCCGCCCGCGUCCCCCGUGGAAUGCCUCAUCUGCGUGUCGCCCUUUGACAGCGUAUUCAAGCUGCCCAAGUGCCUGGACUGCAGCCACGUCUUCUGCCUCGAGUGCCUGGCUCGUCUGUCUUUGGCCACGGCGGGCGGCGGCGACGCGGUGGCCUGUCCCGUGUGCCGCGCGCCCACGCGCCUGGCCCCACGCCGCGAGCUGCCCGCGCUGCCCACGCAGCUCAGCCUGCUGCCCGGCUCCGCACGCGCCCCGCCGCCGCGCCAGGGCUCCGUGCGCUUCGACCGCCGGCGCGGCCUGCUCUACCUGCGGCAGCCGCCGCCCGCGCCCGGACCGCGCAAGGCCCGCCCCCCGCCGCCGCCGCCGCCGCCGCUGCGCCUCGGCCGCCCGCUGUCGCGCCGCCUGACGCUGGCCCGCUCGGCCUGGGUCUUCCACGCGGCCGUCGCCGUGGCCGCGCUGGUGGCCGCGGGCCUCGUGGUCACGGGCCUCUACAUCUUCUUCCUCAUCCCGCGCGCCACCACCUCCAGCCCCGCGCGGCCCCAGCUCGUGGCGCUCGCCCCGGCGCCCGGCUUCUCCUGGUUCCCGCCUCGGCCCACGCCGGCGGCACCCUGGACCUCCGGCUGGAGGCCGCGCCCCGUGGGCCCUGACCUGGACGCCGCCCCGCCGGGGGCUGCGGAGGACGCGCUGGAGCCCGAGGGUGUUCCCGAAGAGACAGAGACGCCGGACGGGUCCUUGGACCGCAGGUGCUGGAGGCCCCCAUCUUUGGAUGGCAGACUAUUCCCUGGCCACACCUGUGAGUGGCCCACUGCAGGACCAACCACCCCACUCCUCCCCAGGCUGUGGAGUUGCUGCCUGCAGGCUGAGCCAGGGUGGGAUCCAGCCAUCUCCAUGCUGGUCCUGCAUUUGCUGCCUUACACACCUGGCUGGGGCUUGGGCUUGAAGGGGGAGGUGUGGCCUGGCCAGGACUGGGGAGAGACAGACAGGGCCUGAGCCUCAAAGACUGGCUCCCACUUGGGUCCUGAGUAUCAACUUGCAAUGGGGCCUCGACUUCCCCUAUGGCUAGUGGCCUCUGGGAUUCGCCUAAUAUGCUGAGGGGCAGCUGUGGUCACUGAGGCUCAAAGAGGCCAAGGUUGCCCUCUGGGUCAGCCAGUGUCAUGUGAUUUUGGGUGAGGGGUCGCUCCUGGACAUCCCUGGCCCCUCUCCUUAGCCACUAGAGCCCUCAUCACCCCCACCUCCACUCGUUAAAUACUCAGCGUCGGUUACUUCAUCUCCUCCAGGGCUCCAUCAGCAUUUUGUGGCAACCCUGCUGUACGCCAGGGUGAAUGAAGCCUCAGCCCUCCCUCAGCAGGGAGAGUGGUCCUCCUCUCAGAAGCCUUCCUGGGUUAGUCACAGUGGGGUAGAUAGCAGCCACCUUCUGCACAAACUGAACAUGGACUUUCUGUCUCCCCCCAGGCCCUGGAGCCCCGAGUCUGCCUCACUUCACCCCAGGUUGGGAUGCUGUGUGUGGCAGGUGGGCAUCCAGCAUUUUCCAGACAGAAAUGUGACUUCUUUGGGGCUAGAGGCUCCUGUUUGAUUUGUUUACAUGUGUGUCCUCAGCACCUGGCAUACAGUGGGUGCCAAGUAAUUUUGUAGGGAGUGACAGCAUUGCCGGUAACCAAGAAGCAACCCAGGAAUGUCUGCGGGCAUCCUAGGUUCACCCGGCUCCCAGCCACCUUGACCUAGGCAUGUCAGCGGAGCUCCUUCUGAUGGGAGCCGCUGCUUCCAGGUGGGAAGCAGGAGGAGGAACGUCAGGGUGUCCUAGGGAGUGUCUUCCUGGACCAGUUCUUGUCCCACUUGGGGCCCAUGACAGGUACAGGGGCCAGGACCAGUGUGCUGGGUCACUGGGCAGGCACAGCCCAGCCUGACAGGGAGGAGACCUGGUCAGGCAGGAGCAGGAUUGACUGGUGGUCUGUAUUGGUUUUCCCCGGCUGCUGCAACAAAUUACCACCAAAUCAGGUCCUUAGAACGGCACGUGUUAGUUAUCUUACAGUUCUGCGGGCCAAGGGUGUUGAAAUCAGUUUCACCAGGCUAAAGUGGAGGUGUCCGCAGGGCGAGUUCCUUCUGGCUGCUCUGAGAGAGGAUUUCCUUAGCUUUUCUAGCUUUUCUAUCUGCAUUCCUUGGCUUCCUCCUCUGUCUUGAGAGGCAACAGUGUAGCCUCUUUCAAUCUCUUCCUGACUCUCCUGCCUCCCUCUUUCACUUAUAAGGACACUGGGAUUGCACUGAGCCCACCCAGAUAAUCCAGGAUAACCUCUCCAACUCAAUAUCCUUAAUUUAAUCACAUCUGCAAAGUCCAUUUUGCCAUGUGAGGUAACAGAUUCACAUAUUCCAGGGAUUAGGAUCUGGAUACCUUUGGGGGCCGUGACUAGGCUUACCAGAGGGUCUCCAAUAUGCCCCUCCUCAUCCCUUCCCUCCUCCACCCCAGGCUGGGGGAAUUACGGUGAGGGAGUAGAACUGGCAGGGAUGGGCCCAGCCAGGGGGGUCAGAAGGGGCCCUUGGCUGGUGGUGCACAGAAGAGAAAGAUGAUACUUUCUGCCUGAGGGUGUUCAAGGAAGGCUGCCUGGAGGAAGAGGCCUCGGGGCUAAGGGGUAACACCAGCUGGCAUUGAGGCAGGGGGCCCUAAGCAGGGAGCUGGUGGCUGAGGGCAGUGGGCAGGGCUGGCUCCUCCCUGUCCUAACGUGCUUCCUCCUCGGGACUGUGGGGAAGGGUUGCUUCUCCACCCUCCCAGCUGGGAGCCUGAGACCUCAGUCACUCUUCCUGUAAAAUGUAGCCUACCUCGAUGUCUGCCCGCCCACUGCCUGCCCACGAACAAAGGGGCUGCCUGAAACCACCCCGGGGCCAGGAUCACAGGGGACUCCUCCCGACACUUGCCUACCAGCCUCUGUGGCCACCUGGAGCUGUGCUCUCCCGGCCCUCCCUCUGCCCACUCCAUCCCUGCCGGACGCACCCCCCCACGAAUCUGCCCCAGACUUGCUCCUCCUUCCACUGGUCCCAAUGCCUGUGAACACCCAAAGUGUGGGAGUUAGCUUCAGUGCCUGGCAUGGGUGCCCAGGGACGCCUUUACUGGCCAGACUUUGGUUCUCGCUUCUGUAAAACGGGAGACAAUAAACUAUUUGCAGGAAGAA